AUGGCAGACAACCUCCUCAAACUAGAGGCACAAUAUUUUCAAUUAGUAGAGCCACGGGAUCUACACAUACCGCCCGAGGAUGUUCUGCUUCAGCCGGCCAUUCAACAAGCUCUCUAUGAGCGCAUGUUCGACGAAUCUCUCCCCGCUCUUCCGCCUGCGGCGUACCGCACGAGAGUACUGAAAUUGAUCACUACGCUGAUCGAAGAUGCGAUCACAGACCCGGACGAAGAUGAACUCAAUGAUAAUUUAAUGGAAGCUUUCGGCACUCUGCUAGCUCAGCCCAAGCCUAACUCCAUCGAGUUGGCUCAACAACUUUCAAGUGUCAAAUACACCGCUCCGCGAGAGUCUUCAGAAUCCAGGCCCCGAGAAGUUGUGACUAUAGAGUCGCGAGGUUUGAUCCUUUCGGGCGGGACUACUGGCAAUCGGACAUGGGAAGCCGCACUCCAUCUUGGCUCCUUCCUCGCGACACCGGAGGGAGAUAAACUUGUUCGAGGCAAGCGUGUCAUUGAACUAGGUGCAGGAACUGGAUUUCUGUCCCUUUUUUGUGCCAGGCAUUUGGGUGUGCGCAGUGUUGUAGCGAGUGACCGCGAGCCCAGUCUCAUUGCGAAUAUGCAGGACUGCGCGGUACUGAAUUCUGAUAACGAGUGUUCUCUUCCAUUUUUUCCUGCUCUAUGGAACUGGGGCACACCGCUCGAAAUUUCGGACGACAUGCCAUCCCUGGUCGAGAAUGAUAUGUUAUCAUUUGAUGUUGCCUUGGGAGCUGAUCUGAUCUACGAUACCGACAUCAUACCUCUUCUGUUGUCCACGAUUGAGGAUCUCUUUGAGAAUUACCACGUCAAAAAAUUCGUCAUCUCCGCGACCCUCCGAAACGAGAACACUUUCCAGACAUUUUUGGACGGAUGCGAGCAAACCAAUUUCAGAGUUGAGAAGAUACCGUACGAGUCUAUAGACUCGCAGUCACAAAGUGGAUUCUUUCACUCGACGAGCAUACCGAUAGUUACAUAUCAGAUUUCGAAGGGCGGAGAAUGA